GCAGGCGCACGCGCGCGGGCGGGAAGAUGGCGGCCGGGUUCAAAACUGUGGAACCGCUGGAGUAUUACAGGAGAUUUUUGAAAGAAAACUGCCGUCCUGAUGGAAGAGAACUUGGUGAAUUCAGAACCACAACUGUCAACAUAGGUUCAAUUAGUACUGCAGAUGGUUCUGCUUUAGUGAAGCUGGGAAAUACUACAGUAAUUUGUGGAAUUAAGGCGGAAUUUGCAGCACCACCCACAGAUGCCCCUGAUAAAGGAUAUGUUGUUCCUAAUGUGGAUCUACCACCUCUGUGUUCAUCGAGAUUUCGGUCUGGACCUCCUGGAGAAGAGGCCCAAGUGGCUAGCCAGUUCAUUGCAGAUGUCAUUGAAAAUUCACAGAUAAUUCAGAAAGAGGACUUAUGCAUUUCUACAGGAAAGCUUUCUUGGGUUCUAUACUGUGAUAUCAUUUGCCUCGACUAUGAUGGGAACAUCUUGGAUGCUUGUACAUUUGCCUUGUUAGCAGCUUUAAAAAAUGUACAGCUGCCAGAAGUUACUAUAAAUGAAGAAACUGGUUUAGCAGAAGUUAAUUUAAAGAAGAAAAGUUAUUUGAAUAUUAGAACUAAUCCAGUUGCAACUUCCUUUGCUGUAUUUGAUGACACUCUGCUGAUAGUUGACCCUACUGGAGAGGAGGAACAUCUGGCAACUGGAACCUUAACAGUAGUAAUGGAUGAGGAAGGCAAGCUAUGUUGUCUUCACAAACCAGGUGGAAGUGGGCUGACUGGAGCUAAACUUCAGGACUGUAUGAGUCGAGCAGUUACCAGACACAAAGAAGUAAAAAAACUGAUGGACGAAGUAAUUAAGAGCAUGAAACCCAAAUAAACAACCACCACAUUUUCAAAACGGAUUUGUAAAAACUGUAUUUGUUACACUGUGCACAAACCUUUUAUACUAAAUAAAUAUCAAACUACAUUCUU